CACACAAAUGGUGAGAGAUUGGAAAACAAUGCAAAAGGGGCUAGACCAAGCAAUCUCAAAGAGCAAAUUCGGCCACUUCUUCAAGCUCGAGGCCCGAAAAACCACCUUCACUAGGGAACUACGGGCCGGCACCGCCACUUUCCUCACCAUGGCCUACAUCAUCUCCGUGAACGCAACAAUCAUAGCCGACUCGGGCGGGCCGUGCUCCGUUUCGGACUGCACGGCCCUACCCGCGAACCAAACCGUCGACCCGACUUGCACGCUCGACCCUAAUAACAAAGGCUACCAAAACUGCCUCUCGAAGCUCAAGAGUGACCUCAUUGUCGCCACAUCCCUCUCGUCAAUGAUUGGCUCAUUUGCGAUGGGUUUAUUCGCCAAUCUCCCGUUCGGCCUGGCACCAGGAAUGGGGGCCAACGCGUACCUAGCCUACAACUUAGUGGGCUACCACGGCACGGGGCCCAUACCGUACAGGACCGCCAUGGCCGUGGUCCUUCUAGAAGGCAUUGCGUUUCUUUGCAUCGCGAUUCUCGGGCUCCGGGCCAAGCUGGCCCGGCUCAUACCCAGCUCGAUCCGGCUGGCAUGCGCAGCCGGUAUCGGGCUGUUCAUCGCGUUCGUGGGCUUGCAGGCCCACCAGGGUGUUGGCCUGGUGGGCCCCGAUCCUGCGACGCUGCUGACGCUGUCAGCGUGCAGGGGCGUGGAUCCGACUAGCGGGGAGUGCGUCGGUGGGAAGAUGCAAAGCCCGACGUUUUGGCUCGGUUUUGUGGGGUUCAUAAUAAUGUGUUAUGGGCUUAUGAAGAAUAUCAAAGGGAGCAUGAUAUAUGGGAUGCUUUUUGUGACACUAAUUUCUUGGAUUAGGGGCACUUCCGUCACAAUAUUCCCACACACCCCACUUGGGGACACAAACUAUGAGUAUUUCAAGAAUGUGGUUGAUUUUCACAAAAUUGAGUCCACUUUUUGGGCCAUAAGUUUCACCGAUUUCAAUAGGAGCCAAGUGUGGGUUGCACUAGCCACAUUGUUAUACGUCGACGUGCUAGCCACCACGGGCACGUUGUACACAAUGGCGGAAAUAGGAGGGCUUGUGAACGAAGAAGGAGGCUUCGAGGGUGAGUACGUGGCAUACAUGGUGGACGCCGGCUCGACGAUUGUGGGGUCCGCCGUGGGGGUGUCUCCGAUUGCCACGUAUAUAGAAUCGACGGCCGGGAUCAGGGAAGGCGGCAGGACGGGGCUCACGGCGGUGGUCGUCGGCGUGUACUUUGGAUUGAGUAUUUUCGUGACGCCCAUGUUGACGAGCGUGCCGCCAUGGGCGGUGGGGCCGUCGCUUGUGAUGGUGGGGGUUUUGAUGAUGAAGGUGGUGAAGGAGAUAGAUUGGGAGAAUGUUCGGGAGGGCGUGCCGGCAUUCGUGACUAUGGUUUUGAUGCCGUUGACGUAUUCGAUAUCGAACGGGAUCGUUGGAGGGAUCGGUGUGUAUGUUGCGCUUGGAUUGUGUGAUUAUGUUGUCGGGUGGAUAAAGUGGGUGGUUGAGAUGAGGAGGAUGGUGGCGAGGGAGCGUAAUCAAGUCUCGGCCGCCGCGACCACCGCAACCGCCGCCGCCGCCGUGGAACUUCGUAAUGUUGAAAUCAUCUGAUCCGGUGAGGGAUUGAUUGAUUGAUUAAACGUAGGAUUGUAUGCUUAGAGAUGCACAAGUGACCGUGACAGAUUGUCAAAACAGGGGAUUGAAGAUUUGACCUUUCAAGGGAAUUUGUGCAUUUGUAUUUUUAUUUUGUGUUUUUUUUGCAGAAUGUUUAUUUAUUAGAGAUCGAUCAAAAGAGUUUUUAACUACUAAGUAGUAAGUACUAAUCAUCCUAUUAUGAACGAGUUUACUUUUUCCUUCUAUUAAAGUUAC